AUGGAGACGAAGCAACUCCUUCGACAUCUCCUCCGCCAGGCCAGUGUUCUCUAUGAUGACGUAGCACGGAUAUAUAUUACUCGUUAUAUCGUGCAACGUUUCCGAGUAAAUCUCACGGCAGACUCAUGGCGUCGAACGAAGCUGCUCAAAGAGGGGCGGCGUGGGCUCUCUAUACUCAUUCGUGCAAACGCUGGUGAUCCCAAACCAUUGACAAAAAUCAUGGAGAUGAGCUAUGGGCGAACCGGAAGGAGAAAACAUGAGCUUCUAGAGCCCAUUUUAAAACAAGAUCCGGAAGUUGAACCAGAGCCUCUCAUACCCGAUGAGCCCCGUAGCAAACCGCCAGCUAUCUCAGCUGCACUACGGGUAUUACUAUCCUCCCAACAUGGCAGAAACAUCACCUCUAAAAUCGUACCCAAACUACCCGAAACGAAUAUCUGGGGCCGUCCACUACCCAUACGUCGAAAAGUCAAUAUGCUCCAUAGGCAUCACUCAAGCCUCCUUACAAAGGUCCUCCCCCCCCUCAGCGAGUACCACAUGGAGCGUCUCGAACGUCUUGUAAGUGGCUUGGAGAACCCAAAGCCCCCCAGAAGAAGAGCCUUUACAGCAUUACCUCUGCCGGAAGGCACGAAAGUGCACAACCCGACGGCAAGGUUCCGGAAAAGGAUAUGGAAGAAGAUACUCGCACAAAGCUCAACAUUAAGCCUAGACGGAGAGAAGAACAGAUGGAUUGUUAAAUACUCGCCAUUGACGGAGAAGCCAAGAGUAGCUGUUGGAAAAUUGGAAGACUUUGAAGGGUUGAUUGUCGAGAAAAGUACCCAGCAAAAACAAAGAGGGGAGAGGAAUGGUAGAUACGGAAGGACUGAAAUUUAUCUUUCGAAUUGUAGUAUCCAGCUAGCUGGACUCGCAUUCCCCCGCAGUUUGGCCUCGCUGUCAACAACAGACAUCGCCGCACAUCACAUCUCUCCUCACAUCGUACAUAACAUAACUCUUCAUCUCAGGGAGCUCACUAGAUCUAUCUUUACAGCCAAAUAUACAAUGUCUUCACUUUGGGUUAGCAAGAAAAAGAAGGCAGAGCUUAUCGAACUAUGUGAACAGCUUGGGUUACAAGCCGAGGGCCAGCUAAAGAACGACUACGAGAAUAUACUUACUGAAUACCUUAACUCAAAUCGAGCUGAACUAGAGAGCGACCCUACCUUUGGGGCAUAUUACGACACCCUAUAUUCUAGGCGAUCGCCGACAAAAACCUCUUUACAAACCUCCUCAACUGAUGUACCUACGACACGGUCCAGGUGGAGGGCAAGCAAAGAGCGCUUUGCCCGAGAAAGCUCAACUGCUGACUCUACCGGUGAGGAGUCCGGUAUGAGCCCAGCGCCCUCACCUUCCAUGCAUGAACGGACUCUUAGGUCUUCCUCCCGUCAGCUCUCAAGCCGUACACCAAGAGCUGUGAGAGCUAUUCAGGAAGUUGUUGAAUCACCUCUUCCACCUACCCCUGCAGCCCUUGCAGAUGCCAUUGAGCGUCGUGUAAAUGCUAUGAUGGAUAGUGCGAAGAAGACGAUCGAAAAAGUUGACGUCCAAGAAAAGGCAACAGAGUUGCGCGAUAAGCUAUCGAACGUCGUUUCUGUGAAUGCGGUGACAUUGACCUACGAGGCAGUGCUUUUGCUGUAUCAGUUGAUUCCGUUAGUCUAUCUGGUCACAAUUCCUGCUGUUCCUUCCUUAGGAACAAGUACCCGCAGCUUUCACCUACCGGACUUCUUUGUCCUCCUCACCACCGAGUUCUGGAGCCCUUUCUUUACGUGGCUGACGACAUCAGUCCUGAUGCCUCUUGGAAAUGCGUAUUUCUUCAACUUGACUGCAACUGCCGCAAAUGUGACAAGGUCUACUAAACCAUAUGAUCCUACUGCAUCUACAACCCCUGAAGAAUAUAGGACCGACCCUCUUACAUUUGCUGUGACGAAGGCGCUUGUAGCAUACCUGGUUCACUACAAGGGGUUCAACUUUAUGGGAUUGUUAGGAGAUGAGAGUUUGAAGAUCGUGGGAGCCGGAGUUGGAAGGGACACUCAGCUUAUCGGGUCUGGUAUUGCUGGCUUGGCAGCAAUCUGGGAGUCAAUUUUGAGGAGGUAA